AUGUAUGCGUCAAAUGAAGAUGAAUUUAAUCGUGAAGAUAGCGAUUGGGUUUUUUUAAGACAAACAUCACCAGAAAAUACUAUUCUUCAUGAAGCUGUCAAUCUUGUUGAUCAUGAACAAUCAAAUUCAAGUUUUUCAACAAAUAGUAAUAGUAGCUCAUCGAAAUCUGAUCGAAGUGAUUCUUUGUCAUCUCUUUCAUCGAUUGAACAUGAACACAUACAAACUAAUGAUCAUAUUGAUCAACAAGAAAGUCAUUUAUUAAUUGAAGAUCCGGUGUUAACUAAUUCAAUUGAUGAUAGUAAUCAUGAUUUAUCAUUAACCGGUGAAAUUAGAGAAGAAAUUUUAUCAUCUGAAAUCAUGAUUAAACAUGAUAAUGAAAAUGAAACAACUCCAAUAUUUAAUGAAUAUGAUUUAUUUAAUGGUGAAUUGAUGAAUCAAAUUUAUCCUCAAACAAUCUUCGGUAAGCUUGUUGUUUUUUUUAUGAAUUUGAAUGAGAUGUUUAAUUCAUUUAGACGACGUACCGGUUCUUAUGUUCAACCUACAGAAAUAGUUGAACAACCUUUAUUAAGAGCUGGACAUGAACUUGUGCCAUUUAAAAAGAAUUAUUAUCGUCCAAGACGAAAUAAUGCAUUCUUCCUUUAUGGAUUCUUGAUUCUCAUUUUUGUUUUACAAUUAAUGUUAGGUCGAAUUAUUGUAUCACAACGAUUACUAGUGAAAAAAGUGACGAAAGAGUUAGCUGAGACAAAUCAACGUUUGAAUAAAAUAAAAUUUGUUUCAAAUGAAGAUGUUGAAAAAAAGUUAUCAAAAAAGUUUGAAGAAAAAUUUCAAAAAUUGAUUAGUCAAAAAAUGAUUGAAUAUAAUAAUGAAAAAACUUCAUUGAUUUUAAAAAUCAAUGAACUUUAUCAAAUAAUAAAUUUUACACAAGAUAAUUUAACAAAUAUGAUUCAUCAAUUAUCAGAUGAAAAUGAACAAUUAAAAAAACAAGUUACAGCAUUAGAACAUCGCGUACAAUUAGUUGAAGAACAAAGUUCAAUAGAAAAAGAAACAUGUCCUGAAGGAGUUGAUGUAAGUAAAAUAUCAAAAGGCCUACUUGUAUCAACUCUAAAAGCUUUUUAUUCUUUACAAAUUCAGUGUACAAAAUCAUCUGCAUCAUCUUUGGAUGUUCUACUUAGUAAUUUAAUCAAACAAACUGCUUCAAUAGCAGAAAAUACUUCAACAAAUUUGUCUGAUUUUUUUGAACAUUUAAGUGCAUCACUCAACGAUCUUGUUAAUCAUGGACAUGAAUAUAUGGAACAAAGUAAACAAAAAUUAUCUGAUUUUUCUGGUUCAGAAACAGCUGAACAAAUUCAAAUGACAUUACGUCGUGGUGUUGAACAUCUUUCGUCAUCAUUACGUAAAGCAAAAUCGACAUAUGCUACAUGGAUUCGAUCACGUGCACAAUUUCGUGAACAAGCUCGAAUGGAUAAUGCUGAACAAGAAGAAGAACAAAUAGUUAAUCGACAUCCAUGGCGUUGGACAUUUCAACGUGGUCAUGAUCGCGAACAAAUGCGUCAUCAAACACCACCAACAAAAAAACAUUCACCAAAUAAAGAGCAUAUGGCUACAACUAAUGGAGCAGAUGUAGAUGAUGAUACAUUUGACGCUGAUGAUGAUCGAUAUGAUACACUUGUGCUACCAUCUGAUGUACAAAAAGCAAUUGAUCAAAUAUUGCCAAGUACAGAUGAAAUAGACCGAGCCGAUUUUAAUCCAGUUGAUUAUAUAAAUCAAUUAUUUCCAACUGAACAAUCUUUAGCAAAUAUUGAUGAAGUUAUUGGAAGUGUGAAAUCAAAGAUACGUACAUUGGACACUGAUAUUCGUUUUACUAUACGUGGUCAUUCUGAUACAGAAAUCGAUGAACAUAAAGCAUUAGAAGAAGCACAAAAUUCAAUAUCAUUAUUAUUUCAACAAAUGCGGGAGAUUAAAGAUAAAGCUGACAAAUCAGAAGAAAUGGUUAAAGAAAUAACACGAGAUAUAAAACAACUUGAUGUUGCAAAAAAGAAUCUUACAACUUCAAUAACAACACUUAAUCAUUUACAAAUGUUAAUUGAAGGAAUUGAUAAAAUUGAAAUUGCUAUAAAAAAGAAAUCCUAUGGUGAAAUAGCGAAUUUACUUCAUCCUGUUAUAAGUGUAUUAGAACAUUUUCAACCAUAUAUAAGCAUUCCACAAAUACAAGAAAUAUCUACAAAUGUCAAAGAAUUAACUGCUCAAAUAACUGUACAAGUUCGAAAAGAAUGUGAAGAUGCAUUUAAUGGUCCAAAUGCAAAAAAUUUUACUCCAAGUCAACAUUUUUCAGAUGUAUGUAAAAUAAUUGAUGUUAUUGAUCCGAAAUUAAGAUUAGAGGUAAUAAAUUGGUUUUUAAAAACACAUCUAUCUGAAUAUACAAUAUUAUUUCAAGAAUCUCAAGAAUUAGCAUGGUUAGAUAAAAUUGAUCGUCGAUAUGCUUGGUUAAAACGUGCACUUGUUGAAUAUGAUGAAAAGUAUUCACGAAUAUUUCCUGUUCAUUGGGAAAUGGCUGAACGUUUAACAGCUGAAUUUUGUAAAAUAACAAGACGUGAAUUAGCAAAUAUAAUGCUUAAACGUAAAAAUGAAAUUGAUGUUAAAUUAUUACGAUUUGCUAUCGAGAAAACUGUUGGAUUUGAAAUCAUUGUUGAAAAACGUUUUAACGGAAAUACACUUGAUUAUGCAAAUAAUUCAAUAACUAGACAUCUUUAUGCUAAAGAAACAAAUACCAAUGGAAAUAAUGAUAAAAAUUUAACAAAUCUUAAAGAAAAAUCAUCACCAUUUCAAGGAAUAAUAUCUCAAUGUUUCGAAGAUCAUUUAGAUAUUUACAUAGCCGAAUUAGAUCGGAGUUUGGGUGAUCAAAUUCAAAAAUUUGUUGAUGAACUUAAAAAAGAUGGCUAUCCUAAAUUUGAAGGUGGUGAAGAUACAAGUAAUGUUUUACCAACGAGUGCAGAUUUAUUUGUGUAUUUUCGUAAUUGUCUUGUACAAUGUUCAAAAUUAAGCACUGGACAACCAUUAUUAUUACUUGUUCAAACGUUUCAAAAAUAUCUUCGAGAAUAUGCUAAUCGAGUAUUAACAGCUAAUUUACCAAAAACAAAUACAACAGCAUCAUCUUUAGUUGGUACAGCAACAAUAUUUAUACAAAAUUUGCCAAAUAUUCCAUCAAUGUUAAAAGAAGGUGAAACAAUAGCUAAACUAAAUGAAGCAGAAAUAUGUCGAUCAUGUAGUGUUCUAUGUACGGCUGAAUAUUGUGUUGAAACAAUACAACAAUUAGAAGAUAAAAUGAAAGAAAAAAUAACAAAAUCAUUAGUUGAUAAAAUUUCAUUUGAAUCAGAAAGAAAUAUUUUUAAAGUAAUUAUUGCUGAAUCUAUUCAAAUACUUAUUCAAGAUCUUGAAAAUGCGUGUGAACCCGCAUUAACAGCAAUGACUAAAUUAUCUUGGCAAACUAUUGAAACGGUUGGUGAUCAAUCAUUAUAUGUAACAACAAUUAUUAAUCAUUUAAAAACAAUUGUUCCUGUGAUACGUAAUCAUUUAGGAUCAUCAAGAAAAUAUUUCAUACAAUUCUGUACAACAUUUGUUGAUUCAUUUAUUAAAAAAUUCAUCAAUCAUUUAUAUCGUUGUAAACCAAUAAAUAUGAUUGGUGCUGAACAACUUUUACUUGAUACACAUUCAUUAAAAACAGUUCUUCUUGAUUUACCAUCGAUUAAUUUAACUGUUUCCAGAAAACCACCACAGAAUUUUACAAAAAUUGUUCUAAAAAAUAUGACACGUGCUGAAAUGAUCUUAAAAGUUGUUCUUACACCAUAUGAUUCUGCUAGGCAAUUUGUUAAAAAUUAUUUACAAUUAAUGAAUAAUGAUGGAGACAUAAGUUCUUUUCAGAAAGUACUUGAUAUGAAAGGUAUUCGAAAACCUGAACAAGCUCAUUUAAUUGAACGUCUUAAGAGAGAACACGCAGCUAUUAUUGCUAGUCAUCAACAGCAAAUACAACAACAGUGA